CACAAAGUCAACCUGGGCUACAUCGUCAAAGUGUAUGAAACAAAUGUCUUUUUGGUCUUAAUUUAAGGGUAGGUUAAGAUUUGGUUAAUGUUAGGGUUACAUUUUAAGAAGAGACAUUUUUUUUUAAAUAGGCGGGGUUUAGGACUUUGUGACUGUGGUAACUAGUGACGACUUAUUCUCUUCUAAUGUCAGUCAGAGAAUGAUUUUCUCUGCUCCGAAAUCUGCAGAAUAGAAAGCGUAUGUUGUCGGUUAGCCUGGAAGUAAACUCAACGAGCCUACCUUGUCAUGAGUGUUUUCUGUAGCUUACUCUCGAGAGGACUUCUCUGCGGACGGGCAACAUGUCGGUUUGUAACUGGACAGCAGGAUUUCAGCGGUGGCGUGCUGCGGAUGGCUCGGGCGGUUGGCUCGACCAGCCCUGUGAACCUAACCUAUGACGUGUUUGACGGGACAGGGGACGGCACCCCCCUGGUCUUCCUCCAUGGGCUGUUUGGCAGCAAGUCCAACUUCCACUCUAUAGCCAAGUCCCUGGUGCAGAGGACAGGCCGAAAGGUGCUGACGGUCGACGCCCGUAACCACGGUACCAGCACACACAGCACCGAUCUGACCUAUGAGGCGAUGACCAAUGACUUGACGCACUUGCUCGCCCAGCUGCACAUCGGGAAGUGCGUCCUGAUUGGCCACAGCAUGGGGGGCAAGGUCGCCAUGACUACGGCCCUGUCGCAGCCUGGCCUGGUGGAGAGGUUGGUGGUGGUGGACAUCAGUCCAGCCCAGACCACCACCCGUACCAACUUCCACUCCUACAUCCAGGCCAUGAAGGAUGUGAAGAUCUCUAGCGACAUCCCUCGCUCGACUGCCCGCCGCAUGGCCGAGGACCAGCUACGCAAACUGGUCAAGGAGCGCUCAGUGCGCCAGUUCCUGCUGACCAACCUGGUGGAGCAGAACGGACACUACGCCUGGAGAGUCAACCUGGACGCCAUUGCCGCGCACCUUGAUGACAUCAUGAGCUUCCCUACCUUCGAAACCACAUACGAGGGCCCCACCCUCUUCCUGGGCGGAGCCAGUUCUGCCUACAUCAGUUCUGAGGACUAUCCAGAGAUCCAGCGGUUGUUCCCCUGUGCAGACAUCCAGUACAUCCCAGACGCCAGCCACUGGAUCCACGCAGACAAACCCCUGGACUUCAUCAGCUCCAUCAGCUCCUUCCUGCAGCCCUAACCUACCCUGCUCACCCACCACCACCUAAUUACUAACCCUACCCUGCUCCAACCCUGCUCACCCACCACCACCUAAUUACUAACCCUACCCUGCUCCAACCCUGCUCACCCACCACCACCUAAUUACUAACCCUACCCUCCUCCAACCCUGUUCACCCACCACCACCUAAUUACUAACCCUACCCUCCUCCAACCCUGUUCACCCACCACCACCUAAUUACUAACCCUACCCUGCUCCAACCCUGUUCACCCACCACCACCUAAUUACUAACCCUACCCUGCUCCAACCCUCACCACCUAAUUACAGGACAACCACUGGCCUUUAACAUUAUUCACACUAAUAUGGCACAGCACAAAGCCACUAUUAUCCAAUGGCGGAAAAGAUCAAGCUCCAAAGGGCAUUCUGUGUUGCGAAGGCUCUGAGGGUGUCUGUCACUGCUGUUGCCUAUACUCAUCAAAGUUCAAAUAAUUGUUUGACCUUUCCAACGUAUGUGCGUGGUGUUCUCGCUGUGAGCAAAACGCCUUGUGCGAAUAAUGUGAAAGGCCUGUUAGGCUCCGCCCACUCACACUGUGGUCCACCUCUUCAAAUAGCCAGUAGGUAGAGCUUCAAACCAGAGGAGGCACAGCCAUCUUAGUAGACAAUGCUAAUAUUGCUAACCCUGGACCAAACUCACUCUUUCUUUCCAUGCUGUUUAUCUUGCGCUUAAAGGAGCUGUAUAGAAUGGAAUGUAUGGAAAAUGCCCUUAAUAUAUCUAUAGUAAUAGUGGAAUGAUAGUGUUUCAUCAUUUUCCUUCCCCAAGAAAGGUUAUUGGGCUCAAACAAAAUUGCAUUCUAAUGGUGCAGCCUUCUUAUUGGUCAACAAAAGACGGACCUUCUCUUGUGAAAUUGACAACGAGUUACAUAUAGCUCCUUUAACCGCCAUAUUGUAAUACAAUCAAGGAUUUGUGUAAAUGUAUUACCGUACUUAAUAGAUAUGUAAAUAGUAAGACAAGUAGGUAGUUGGGUAGUCAGAGGUUGAGAUUAUAUUUAAAGUAGAUAGAUUGACAGUUUGUUUUUAAAUGAGGGAGUUGUUUUAGGAAUGAGUUACUAAUCCAAAGAUCCUCUCGUCAUUGUUGCACAGUACCAUUCUACUCUAAUCAGGUUGAUGUAAAUCAGCAUUGAAGAAAGUCUUCGAGCCAGGUCUUAUAUAGUCUAGUCUGGACAUGUUCUGUAUGUAUCUGGCUACGUCUCAAAUGGCACCCUGUAUCCCAUAUAGUGCACUAGUUAAAGAUGCACUAUGCGGAAACUGCUGUGCCAUUUCCUGGUUUCAAAAAUUCUAAUAGUUUGCCUAAUUUCAGUUUGUGACAAACAGGAAAGUAUAGUGUAGAGAAUCAUUGUACCAUCUAAACUGCUGUGAAAUAUCUUUUCCAUAACCUAAAAUAUUGUAUUUGUUAGCUGUUUGAAACUGGUGUACAAAUCUGAAAGUAAAAGAUGCAAAAAUGUAACUUAAGCACGGGAAGCAUAGAAAUAGUGCACAUAGAACAGAUCUACCACUUCUUAGGCUUGCUUUCAAUGAGAAUGACAGAUCUAACAUAUUUUUGUGAAUUUGGUCAGAUCGCCCAAAAAUGUACAUAUUGCAGCUUUAGAAGCAGUGCACUAUGUAGGGAAUAGGGUGUCAUAACAGCCUUAAUAUAGUGCACUAUGUAGUCCAGGGAUGUCAAACUCAUUC